AGACUUUCUAGGAGAAGUUCUCUGCGCAGGCGCCCUGCGGUCGCGGAGCUGUCUGGGUAAAAAUGGAUGCUCACGAUCUCUUUCGCCGGCUUGGCGUGGGGGCCAAAUUCGACGUGAGACGUUUCUCGGCGGACGCAGCGCGAUUCCAGGUAGGAAAAAGGAAAUAUGACUUUGAUUCUUCAGAGGUGCUGCAGGGACUGGACUUCUUUGGAAACAAGAAGUCUGUCCCAGGUGAGUUUGGAGCAUCAAGAACUCAUCAGGAGCUUCAAGAUGAAGAGAAAAAAGAAAGCCUAACUGAAAGGAAGAGGGAGCAGAACAAAAAAAAGAGGAAGAUGAUGACUUCAGAAAUUACUUCUCAAGAAGAAGGUUCUAUACAGUGGAUAUCAUCUGUGGAAGCAAAAAUUGAAGAUAAAAAAAUUAAAAGAGAAAAUAAACUAACUUCAGGGAAGUUGGAGAAUCUCAGAAAAGAAAAGAUAAACUUCUUCCGGAAUAAACACAAAAUUCAUGUCCAAGGAACUGAUCUUCCUGACCCAAUUGCUACAUUUCAGCAACUUGACCAGGAAUAUAAAAUCAAUUCUCGACUACUUCAGAACAUUCUAGAUGCAGGCUUCCAGAUGCCUACACCAAUCCAAAUGCAAGCCAUUCCAGUUAUGCUGCAUGGUCGAGAACUUCUGGCUUCUGCUCCUACUGGAUCUGGAAAGACUUUGGCUUUUAGCAUUCCCAUUUUGAUGCAACUAAAACAACCCACAAAUAAAGGCUUCAGAGCCCUGAUUAUAUCACCAACACGAGAACUUGCCAACCAGAUUCACCGAGAGUUAGUAAAAAUCUCUGAGGGAACAGGAUUCAGGAUACACAUGAUACACAAAGCAGCAGUGGCAGCCAAGAAAUUUGGACCUAAAUCAUCUAAGAAGUUUGAUAUUCUUGUGACUACUCCAAAUCGACUAAUCUACUUAUUAAAGCAGGAUCCUCCAGGAAUAGAUUUAACAAGUGUUGAGUGGCUGGUGGUAGAUGAAUCAGACAAACUGUUUGAAGAUGGCAAAACUGGGUUCAGAGACCAGCUGGCUUCCAUUUUCCUGGCCUGCACAUCCCAUAAGGUCAGAAGAGCUAUGUUCAGUGCGACUUUUGCAUAUGAUGUGGAGCAGUGGUGCAAACUCAACCUGGACAAUGUCAUCACUGUAUCCAUUGGAGCAAGGAAUUCUGCAGUAGAGACUGUAGAACAAGAGCUUCUCUUUGUUGGGUCUGAGACUGGGAAGCUUCUGGCCAUGAGAGAACUUGUUAAAAAGGGUUUCAACCCACCCGUUCUUGUUUUUGUUCAGUCCAUUGAAAGGGCUAAAGAACUAUUUCAUGAGCUCAUAUAUGAAGGUAUAAAUGUGGAUGUUAUUCAUGCUGAGAGAACACAGCAACAGAGAGAUAACACAGUCCACAGCUUCAGAGCUGGAAAAAUCUGGGUUCUUAUUUGUACAGCCUUGCUAGCCAGAGGGAUUGAUUUUAAAGGUGUGAACUUGGUGAUCAACUAUGACUUUCCAACCAGCUCAGUGGAAUAUAUCCACAGGAUCGGUCGAACUGGAAGAGCAGGGCAUAAAGGAAAAGCUGUUACAUUUUUCACUGAGGAUGAUAAGCCAUUAUUAAGAAGUGUUGCCAAUGUUAUACAGCAGGCCGGAUGUCCUGUACCAGAAUACAUAAAAGGUUUCCAAAAACUACCAAGCAAACAAAAGAAAAAGAUGAUUAAGAAGCCAUUGGAAAGGGAGAGCAUUAGUACAACUCCAAAAUAUUUCUUAGAAAAAGCUAAGAAUAAACAGAAAAAGGUCACUGGUCAGAACAGCAAGAAGAAAGCAGCUCUUGAAGACAAAAGUUAAAAACCAACUUUCUAAAAGACUAUCAGAAAUGGAGUUUAAUGAUCCCAGCAUGAAUGUUGUUUUCAUGGAAUACUUCAAAUCCUGUAAUUACCUGUAACAUUUGAAAGCAACUACAAGAACAUGGGACUGAUGAAAAAUGAUCCUAAACUAUCAAUGCAUCAUGUCAAAUUUCAAUCUUUAGGUGACUUUUAACUGAUUACACAAUGGAAAUAACAUUCAUUGACAUUUCUGCGGUUUGAAUCCAGAGAGAUACUUCUUAUAGAAGAACAAAAGCUUAUGCUAAAAUUAACACCCAAAUGUGGUGAACUCUUAAGGAUUUUUCCCUUCAAAUAUGAAGGAAGGUGUGAUGUAUGCUGUGGAGAGUCAUCUGGAACCAGAUUUAAAAGUAAAGCCUUGAGGGGCGCCUGGGUGGCUCAGUCAGUUAAGCGUCCGACUUCGGCUCAGGUCAUGAUCUCACGGUCCGUGAGUUCGAGCCCCACGUCGGGCUCUGUGCUGACAGCUCAGAGCCUGGAGCCUGCUUCAGAUUCUGUGUCUCCCUCUCUCUCUGACCUUCCCCCGUUCAUGCUCUGUCUCUCUCUCUCAAAAAUAAAUAAACAUUAAAAAAAAAAAAAGUAAAGCCUUGAGACUGAAUGCCCCUUUCUACCACCACCACCCAUUCCACCCUCACUUUUUGAGGAGGGGAGGGUGCUGGACAAGAAGCAACACAGGCUGUCUACCAAGAUUCAACCAUCUACUGCUCUCUUUAUUUUACUAUUUCUUACUUUGUUGAUGGCCUUUUGUGGCAUGAGCCACAACAAACAGCCUCUUCUGUGGCUGAUUAUUCACGUUCCCUAGGAUUUUAAAUUCUUUGGUCUAUUAAAUAUCCUUCUACCUCAUUGGUAAGAUAGCUUAUACCUUACUUGUCAUAGUGUUGCAACUGCGAGAUUAUGGUCAGCCUCUCCCUUUCUUUCUUCCAUUUUCUGUCACUUAAUAAUGCCCUUUCCUGUCUCUUUCCAUUCAAGAUUACUUUGCUCGAAAACUGAUAAACACUUUAUCCUGAUAAGGAAGAAUGUUCCUGUUACUUGAUAUACCUGUGGCUGCAUUCUCUUACAGCUUGUCUUUCCUGAGGUUUUAUGGCCCUGUAUCCAUUUAGUAAACAGGUCUCUGCCAAAGCUAAAGAAUUAAGGUUAUAUAGUGAUGGAGACUAUUCACUCUUAGCAGAUUUUUCUUAGUUGCUAGUUUUGUACAGCUGGAAUAAAAAAUCAACUCCAUACAUGUGAAGUACUUAGAGUGGCAUCUGAGAAGAUUGCUAGUUAUUAUCAGUACUACUACAGUACUAUAAUUUAAAUAAUCUUAGCUUAGUAGCAUUUGAAUUACACUUAAUAAUUUCCUUUAUUGUCAGCCUUUUAUUCGAAAGUCAGAACAGGUAGAUUCCAACUUGAGUAUUUUAAAUGAGACAAAUUGUUCACCUUCAGAGUUUAUGUAAAUGGAGACCAUUUGCUAUAAGGUGCAAAAAAAUAACUUACAAGCAUGUGAUUUUUCUCUGUUCUUGCAAACACAUCCUUGACACUAUAUAUCCUGGAGGUAGUUGUGAUGGUGCCACCUCUUUGCCAGCUGUGUGACUUUGAAUAGGUUCUUUAAUUUCUCAGAGCUUCUGUUUUUCCAUGUAUGAAAUGGGGGUAAUAUCAACUAUGUCUCAACAUUGGAAGGACCCAGCUCUGUGCCUGACAUGUUACAAACUCCUGCCAAAUAUUCCUUAAACAAACAUGAUAUAUUUGGUGAGGAAUACAAAGCUUAAUAACACAGUCUGUGCCCUUAGAGUGUAGCAGUGGCUAUAAAGUAAGGGAACAAAUAGUGUGGCAAAUGUUGUGUUAGACGUAAGGCCAAGGUGCUGAAGCAAGGGAGGAUUGGCAUCUAACAUGUCAUGGAAGGCUGACAUCCUGUGCUGAGUCUAGCAGAUGUAGGAAUCCACAGGCAAAGGAGAACAAAGUAUCCAGGCAGAAACAAGAGAUCACAUCUUGAUCCUUCACAUAGUCCCUUCAUUUGACUUUAUUUCCUUUUUUUUUUUUUACUAUUUUCUUCUGUGUAACUACCCAUCCUUAAAUAACAGUGGCGACAUCAACUUGUAUCAACUUGGUUUGUCAAUGGAUUCAUACUGAAUUUAGCAUAUUUAUGUCAUUUGGAACUAUAUGCUACACAAAUUUCAGUUUCACCUAAAGAGGAGGAAUGAAAUUAGUUAUGAAAAGAGAACAGGUGAUAACAAAUAGCUGGUCUAGUGAAAUGAGCAAGGACUUCUAUGUGAAACGUGGGCUUGAAUCCUGGUGCUGCUGCUUUGCAGCUCUAUGACCUGGACAAAUUACAACUUCUUUUAACCUUGGUUUUCUCAUCUGUAAAAUUCCAAUACUAACUCUUAGGGCCACUGAGGAUUUGAAAAAAUGCAGUAAGGCUCCCCACCAAUGAUUUGUGCCCAAUAAAGGAUACUAUUAUAAAUGG